AUGGACAAGCUCAAGGCGAAGCGGACUUCACGACGAUCUUUGAACAGCCGGAUCAUCAAUGAGGCAAGUGCCCUACUUCGCACGGACUCCGCAACGCAUGAGCAGCUCGAUUCCAUCUACGAGAGGCUCAAAACGAACAACGAUGAGUUGAACAAGAUCAACAACGAAUUAGAGAGCGUCAUUACGGACGAGGACUUCCAAUCCGAGUACGAAACAAUUUUAGAGUAUGAAGACAACGCGACGCGCAUUCUCGCCGAGCUCAUAAGCCGUCGGAACCGCAUUUCAAGCACACCAGCAGAAGAGGGAUCGGGGUCGGGGCCGGCUACCAAUGUGAUCGCUACACCAUCAGAGAGGACGGGAGCCAAGCUGCCGAAGCUCACGAUCGCGCCCUUUUCUGGGGAUGUGUGUAAAUGGACGGAGUUCUGGGAGCAGUUUCUCCAGAUUGUCCGCAACAACGUCACCCUGACUACGACGGAGAAAUUCCACUAUCUGCGACAGUUUUUAAGAGGAGACGCUGCCUCAGCGGUGGCCGGUCUUCCAACGACUGAAGCAUGCUAUAAGGACGCUAUAGACCUACUACAGAAGCGCUUCGGGGACAAGACUCGCCAAGAGCAGGAAUACUUUGCAAGAUUGCGUCAGCUGACUCCUGUUCGCGCAUCUGGUGAUACAAGAUCCCUCCGACAACUCUACGACCACGUGAUCGUGAACAUCCGAGGGCUGGAGUCACUCGGUGUGCAGCUGUCUUCAUUUUCGUCGAUGCUCUGCGACGUCAUACUUAGGGCAUUACCCCGAGACGUCGUGGUACUGUAUCACCGUACUUGUGCCGCACAAGCUGAGAAUGAUGCCGUGGACACGCAGGGCUGGACGAUCUACUGA